AUGUCGGCACUCUCGGGACAUACCUCCGAAACCAGGAAGAAGCAAUCGAAGAGGGAUGAGGCAAUUCGUAGGAAAAUAGAGUCGGAACUUGCCCGCAAGCGGACGAUCUCUACUACGCAUACGCAGAACCAGCGGAGCCGACGGGGCAAGCCUGCGGUCGCAAAGGGAACCGUCGCGGCCCUGAAACCCAGCCCUGCCCUUACUGUCCCGGAAAACAUCACCGUUUCUGAAGCCAGUCAAUUAUGCGCGGCAAAGCGUACCGAUUGUGUGUUAGUCGUCGAUGAUGAUGAGGGGCUCAGCGGUAUCUUCACGGCGAAGGACUUGGCUUACAGGGUCACUGCCGAGGGUCUUGAUCCGCACAUUACUCCGGUCAGCCAAAUCAUGACCCGCAAUCCGAUGGUCACUCGUGAUACCACGAGCGCCACCGAAGCUUUGCAAUUGAUGGUGCAGAAGCACUUCAGACAUCUUCCCGUGUGCAAUGAGGAAGGCAAUGUCGUGGGUUUGCUCGAUAUCACGAAGGUUUUCCAUGAAGCUCUGGACAAGGUGGAGCGCAGCUCGUCCGCAUCAGAGAAGCUCUACAGCGCGCUCGCCGGCGUACAGUCAGAACUAGGCCCCGGCGUGACCGCCAACCCCCAGACCGCUGCCAUGCUCGCCUAUGUCGAGAGCCUGCGCGAGAAGACGGCUCUUCCCGACUUGACCACGGUGAUGGACUCGCGCACGCAGCCUGCCACCGUUGGUCCUCGCACCACUGUCAAGGAGGUCGCGAAGCUGAUGAAGGAGCGACGAGUUACCGCCGUCUGUGUCAUGGAAUCGAGUACCGGUCAGGGGGCCACGUCUCCGCAGCGCAUCGCCGGCAUCUUCACCAGCAAAGAUGUCGUUCUGCGUGUUAUCGCCGCCGGGCUCGAGGCUGCUCGGUGCAGUGUUGUUCGUGUAAUGACGCCGCAUCCCGACACCGCUCCGCCCACUAUGAGCGUGCAUGAUGCGCUGAAGAAGAUGCACAACGGGCACUAUCUCAACCUUCCUGUAGUCGAGACUGAUGGCCGUUUGGUUGCCAUCGUGGAUGUGCUGAAACUUACGUACGCCACUCUGGAGCAGAUGAACCAGAUGACCUCCGAGGCAGCGGGAGAAUCGGAGAAUCAGGGCGGGCCCAUGUGGGGUCGUUUCUUCGAGUCUAUCGGACACGAAGACACGGAAUCUGUGCUCUCAGGUUCCAACAUGCCCAGCGAGCCCUUCCACACUCGAUCUUCGUACAUGAACCUUUCUCAGGUUCAACAAUCUCCGUUCUCUGAGGUUCAUCCCAAUGAUUCGGCAUCAGUCGUGGACGACGACGGCCCUGCGUCUGUCUUGGACGGGUAUCCCAAGAAUGGCAGGACCAACGUCCCAUCAAUCAUGGGCGCAGAAGCAUUGGUACCUGUUGAUGACGGCACCUAUGUCUUCAAAUUCCGCACGCCCAGUGGCCGCACCCAUCGAUUCCAAGCUCGGAACGAUAACCUGGAGAACUUGCACGAGAUCGUCAGUGGCAAGCUCGCUGCUGAUCCUUUCUUCAGGGACUUCAAGCCUCAGAACGAAGAUGACCCUGUCCCGGAUCCCUCGGAUUUCACGGUCUUUUACACCGACGCGGACGGCGACGCUGUGUUCAUGACUUCGGAUGCGGAUGUCACCGACGCUGUCAAGAUUGCUCGGGCUGCCGGAACAGACCGCGUCGUUCUCUUCGUGCAAGGUGGCAAAGGCUGGGCCGACGCUGGAGCAAGUAAGGAGAAGUCGGAAGAAAAGGCGGCAGAGGCGGCGGCGGCGGUCAAGGAAGAAGUCAAGCAGGUUGAGAAGGCUGAAGCUCAGCUACCGGAAGGAGUGCAUCUCGCGCCUCCCACCCACGUUCAUGUUCCUCCUGCCGAGGAAUUGGUCAUGGGUAUUCCGAAGGACCUACUCCUGCCCGCCAGCAUCGGAGCAUUGGCUGUGUCCAUCAUUGCUGUUUUCACCCUUUCCCGUCUCACAAGGUAG